UAAAAGGCGUAACGACCCGAAUACGCCGUAUUCGCAAUCACCCGGACAUAAAUAUAAUAAUAAUACUGAGAGGAAUGAAUAUGUUGGAAUAACCAUAAGCGAUGAUUUCUCGCAGAAGCAAUUACCUUCCAUGCCGGUAAUGGUAACAUCAUCUUCGCCUUCACGUUCACACCACCAGCCACAGAAUCCUCAUCGUCAGGAUUUCCUCGAUGGACACAAUAGGAGGCGUUCAAUCAACUAUAUCCAAAGCUCAUCAGGACAUUAUCCGGUUGUUCCUUCCUCUCAAAAUCAAAAUUCUUCGCAGCAUCAACGCUCUUUGUCUGGAACACAUCAGCAAUCACAUCAACAUUUACCUUCAUCUCAUUUACUACAACAAUCACAUAAACAACCGUCGCUUCCACCAUCAAUAACAACUAUUCGGCAACAUCAACGUCCUAUGCAUAAUAACGCGAAUCAACAGCAGCCACACCCGACAAUACAAUGUCAACUUGCACCUAUACAGAGCACCUAUCAAACUGCAUAUUCUAAUUCUCAAUCGCCUUCUCCUAAUCCUUUUCCCAAUAUUCCAAAUUCCAAUAUUUCCACUCAUAACAAACCUUCACAAUCUUCCUCGCUCACAACGCGCGACAAUGUUUCAAAACCAGAGUUUGGCGGAACCGUUUUUCAACGAAUCCGGUCAAAAUCGGACUUAAGACCUCAACCUGCAUCCCGCCGAAAAGACUCCGCUAAAGGAUCAGUCAGUCCGCUAAAAGCGUUGACCGUGUACCUUACGUCAACAUAUCAUAAUAUUAAUCCCAAUUUUCGAUACGAACUGUCACAUAACCCUCGUCGUGUUUUGACGAAGCCUUCAAAAGGUGUGAAAAAUGAUGGUUAUGACAACGAGGACAACGAUUAUAUUCUUUAUGUUAACGACAUAUUAGGAAGCGAGGAAGGGCAAAAAUACCUCAUACUAGAUAUUUUGGGACAAGGAACAUUUGGUCAAGUCGUAAAAUGUCAAAACUUGAAGACGAAAGAAAUGGUGGCUGUAAAAGUUGUUAAAAACAAGCCCGCUUAUUUUAACCAAAGCAUGAUGGAGGUGACGAUACUGGAGCUGCUAAACAAUACAUGGGAUAAACAUGAUCAACAUCAUAUUUUAAGACUUUUAGACACCUUUAUUCACCGUCGACACCUUUGUUUAGUGUUUGAGCUCCUGUCUGUUAAUCUUUACGAAUUGAUAAAACAAAAUCAAUUUCGUGGACUUAGUACUAAUCUCGUUAGGGUUUUUACUGCUCAAUUGCUGGACGCAUUAACAGUUUUGAAUGAAGCACGUAUAAUUCACUGUGACUUGAAACCCGAAAAUGUAUUGUUGAAAAAUUUGGAAUCUCCCACGAUUAAAGUUAUUGAUUUUGGGUCUGCCUGUCACGAGCGUCAGACAGUCUAUACAUAUAUCCAAUCACGGUUUUAUCGAAGUCCCGAAGUAUUGUUAGGAUUGCCGUAUUCGUCCUCUAUCGACAUGUGGUCACUCGGUUGUAUUGCAGCCGAAUUAUUUCUUGGACUGCCAUUAUUCCCCGGAAGUUCGGAAUAUAAUCAGGUCUCCCGGAUUGUAGAAAUGCUUGGUGUUCCUCCACCUUACAUGAUUGAAGUUGGAAAAACUGAACACGAAUAUUUUGAUCGUUAUAUUAAUGAGCACGGACAAAAAAAAUAUCGUCUGAAAACAAUGGAACAAUACAUGAAGGAUAAUAAUUGCGUGGAACAACCUUCCAAAAGAUAUUUCUCCGCCACAACCCUUCCGGAAAUUAUUAAAUCAUACCCUAUUAUGCGGAAAGGUGUAACUCAAAAAGAUAUUGAGAAAGAAAUGCAAAGUCGGUUGGCCUUCAUCGAUUUCAUACAAGGAUUAUUGAAUCUUAACCCAAUUGAACGGUGGUCGCCACAACAGGCGAAAUUACACCCAUUCAUAACAGGUGAAAAGUUCAAUGGCAAAUUUGUUCCUCCAAUGCAACUCAAAUCGCCCAGUAAAGUUAGUGUAUCCUCCGUUCCAACUCUCAAUUCAUCAUCUACCACUUCACAAUCAUCAACUUCCAAUCUGUCCUCAAUGCCCUCACCUUCACAAUAUAAGACUAAAGCAACUACUUCGCCAAAACUUCAGCACAAAAAUGUAAUAACAUCUCAUGAAAUGCCCUCUGUGACAGUGACAUCCCAUGUCACUAAUUCCAAGGGACCAAUAACUUCUCAAAGGCCACAAAUUCAACAAACUUUAGGUAAAUCGUCUACUCUAACACCGAAAUCAAGUAGUGGAUCUUUAAGACCUCGCGCUAGCACGAUCGGGAAUAUUCAGGUUCCACCGCAGAUUCAGAGAGCAGCAGCACUUGUAACUCCAGGUAGUGUCGGAGCGUCGCCGGGAGAAUAUUCCAGACUUCCUAGGGAAAAAGAUCUCAGAAGAUUGCCACAACACUAUCCACAUUUACAAUUAUUGAAAGGACAAGACCAAAUGCAUGAUGUUCACCAAUUCUCAGUUGUAGUUGAGGGAGACGAUAGACGCGCACCCGGACCAUCUUCAAACCUUAACGCACCUACAAAUGAGGCAGUGGACAUUCGCAUAGAGGAAGAUUGGAACGCCAAAGGAGAGAAACAUCAAAAAGAGGAAGGAUCGCCUAAAGAUGAUCGACAAAAGAAUGGAAUGACCGACGAAAUAUGUUUAUCCAAUAAUGAUCCUGCAAAUAAUGGCUCAAUAAACAAUAACUCUAAUGAAAAAAGAUUAAAGGUUAGAACAAAAAUGCCAGGAAGUAUGCCCAAUGGUGUUGUAAAAAGUCAAAACAACCACCAUCACAACAAUUCUUGGCAAUCAUCAUCCAAGUCACAAAGAUCGGUUUUACCGCAACAUCACUAUCAGCAACCUGGACUUCGUCAUCCAUCGCCAUUAUCCACAGUCUCUGUUAGUGUGGUGUCCCCCACGGUGAAUCAAACGUCGACUCGAGCUCCGACUUAUCGUUCCUCACCUUCAUACAAUCCACCCUCGUCCUCAUUCCGAACACCAAGCACAUCUCCCUAUGCUAAUCAGACACAAGGAUCCCAUCAGCUUGUUUUACCUCCACCUGUGACUCAACAAGCACCAUCGAUAACGACACCUGGUUCUUACUACCAAAAUCUAGUACCACAAAGCUAUGAACAAUACCACCAUAACACGAGAACGCUUAGACAACCCUUUUAUCAUCGAAUCUCACCCUCCACUUCUCCUUCAUAUCCACCGAGUUCACCAUCUAAUCACGACCUUCCUCCUUCACCAACUCUUAUUCAACAUUUACCAUCACAAUCCUCAUUUUUCCAGCCACAGCCAAUUAUGAAUAAUCUUCACUCUUCUCCCAAAAUAGGGCCGCAUGCAACGUCACAGCAAUCAUCCUUUCAAUCCAUUACGAAUACAACAGUAAAUAGUGAUGCUCUUCCUCACCUUAAUAAUGAUCAUGAUACUAAAUACAAUAAUCGGAGAGAAAUAAAUGCUAUGCCUUAUCAAAUGGCAUGA